AUUUGGGAGUGACGCGGAUGCGAAAGCUAGUUAGUCCCUGUUUCCUUCGCUAUGAAAAAUAUUUGGACAAACUGGACUAACGACUUCCAUCCUAAGUUAAUUAGUUAAUUAUGAUGCUGAUUCACAUUAUUCGUUAAAGAAGCAAAAAGCGCAGCGCGUCGUGGUUGGCGACUUAUUUAUCACGUCGGGAUUAUUCUCGCCAGGGCCGAGCUGCUGGGAUAACUUUGGAGAAGUUCUUUGUAUUCGGGAUAGUCACACAGCUUGGCCGACAAGCUGAACAUGGAUUGGGGAACAGAGCUUUGGGACCAGUAUGACAUCAUUGAAAAGCACACACAGUCUGGCCUGGAGCUGGUGGAGAAGUAUGUAAAAUUUGUGAAGGAGAGAACAGAGAUCGAGCAAAACUAUGCCAAACAACUGAGGAACCUUUCAAAGAAAUACAACCUAAAACGAAGCAGCAAAGAUGAGCCAGAGUGCAGGUUGUCCAGCUACCAGUCCUUUUUGGACAUCGUGAACGAGAUGAACGACUACGCCGGGCAGAGAGAGCUGAUUGCAGAGAACUUGAUGAUGAACAUUUGCAUCGAUCUCACCAAGUACCUGCAAGAGCUCAAGCAGGAGCGAAAGACGUAUCUGAUGGAGGCAAAGAAGGCCCAGCAGAGUUUGGAGAGCACCUACAAGCAGCUUGACAACAGUAAAAAGCGUUUUGAGAGAGAAUGGAGAGAAGCAGAGCGUGCAGCACAGUAUGCAGAGAAGACGGAUCAAGACAUCAACGCCACAAAAGCCGACGUUGAAAAAGCCAAACAGCAGGCUCAUAUGAGAGCACACGUAGCAGAAGAGUGUAAGAAUGACUACGCUGCACAGCUCCAGAAAUACAACAAAGAACAGAAUCAGUUCUAUUUUACUGACAUGCCACUCAUUUUCAAUAAAUUGCAGGAUCUGGAUGAGAGGCGAGUACAGAAGCUGGCGCAAGGCUACAUCUUGUUUUCAGACACAGAGAAGCAUGUGAUGCCCAUCAUUGGCAAGUGCCUGGAGGGCAUUACUAAAGCCGGCACUAACGUUAAUGAGAAGAAUGACUCCAUGGUUGUAAUAGAGCAAAACAAGUCAGGCUUUGAGCGUCCUGGAGAUUUGGAGUUCGAGGACUACAGUCAGGGCAUCAACCGAGCCUCCUCUGACAGCAGCCUGGGGACACCUAAAGGCCCCAUGGACCUUCUGGGGAAGAACAAGAGCAAAAACUUUUGGCUUUUCAGCAAAAAGAGUAAGCUCUCUUCCUCCACGCUCACUCCUUUCUCCACACCCCCUGCCCCUUCACCCGCUAACGGACCCCCUUCCCCCAAGUUUGGCCGGGACCCCCUGUCGUACUGUUUGAAGGAGAUCAAUAAGACAGUCAAACCCAGAAUCUCUUCCUUCCGGACACUCAGGAGAUCGCCUACGGUGACAGAGGACUUCGGCCAUCUCCCUCCAGAGCAGCGCAGGAAGAGGUUGCAACAGAAAUUAGAGGAAAUUUGCAAAGAGCUGCAAAAAGAAGUAGAUCAAAGUGAAGCACUGGGAAAGAUGAAAGAUGUUUAUGAGAAAAAUCCUCAGAUGGGAGACCCUGCUAGUCUGGCAUCUCAAAUAAACCAGACAUCCCAGAAUAUAGAGCGGCUCAGAGCGGAGCUGAACAAAUACGAGACUUGGUUGGCCGAAGCAGGAGGUCGAGGGGACACGUUGCGCCAUAAAACUCAAACAUUUAACAAUAACGGAGCUCAUGAUAUGCACAGCCCCGAUGGAGCUCACUCGGAUGAAAGCACUCCUGAUGCCUCCCAAGCCAUUUACGCUGAGUUUGACGAUGACUUUGAGGACGAGGAAGUAACUGCUCCUAUUGGGAAAUGCACGGCCAUGUACAACUUCCCAGGUGCCAGUGAAGGGACCAUCUCUAUGCAGGAAGGGGAGGUGCUGGCUGUGGUAGAGGAGGACAAAGGGGACGGUUGGACCCGUGUACGUAGGAACAAUGGAGAUGAAGGCUACAUACCUACAUCGUAUGUCACCAUCAACCUAAACAAAUGAUAAACACAUGAGGAACAAUGCAAAACUAGAUUAACACUUCACAAACCUGAAUGCAGUUCUUCCUAUUGGACCAAUCCUAAAGAAGCCACAGCAGUAAUGAGCAUUAGCACCAGAGCGUCCUAAAAGAUCCAAAACAAGGCGGCACAUUUGUGCAGAGAGAUGGUGCUAACAGUACGUUCUGCAUAGAUAACAGCACAUUUUUGUAGUCUCAGUUAUACCAUAAGGUUCUUUUGUUUUCUAUAUCAUGUCAUAAUAAUGUUUUGGUUUAGAAAAAGUCAUGCUUACAUCUUAGGCACGAUUACGGUACAAGUUUGCUUCUUUCUACAGCCUAAUGAGGCAUUAGUUUCUGAAUGUGAGAGGAAGAAUUAGAGGGGGAGGAGGAAGAUGAGUGCUGCUGUCAUCCUUACACUGAGUUCUAACACCAGUAAUACUUAGGAGGAAGUUACCUCACUUGUUUACCCUUUUUUUAGUUUAAAACUGACUCGCUCUGACCCAUGGCAGUCCAUUCCACGGCUGAAACUAAAAUAUAUGACCUGUUUCAGCUCUCAUUUGUCUCCAGUGUGCCACUUUCUACCUUUAAUAGCACUUGAGUGUCCCCAGGGGAUGAAUGAGGUUUUUGGGGAGAAUCCUUUUACUUUUGGACUUUUGGACUUUUGGUUUCCAGAAGACCAAAGCUCUCCUGCCAUGGUAAAACACACACACACGCACGCACACACACACACACACACACUACUAUACAAACACUUUAAUGUGUGGACAAUCACAGCCAUAUCUUUUUUUUAAAGUUCAUUUCAGACCUUUAGUGAGGCUAUACAGUAGCUGUUACAGUUACAACCUGAACAUUGUACUAAAAAUAAUUUAUUACAAAUGUGUAUAAAUAUAAUGAUCAUGUUUGACAGAAGUUGUACUUUGUAUUAAGGAUGUUUUCAUGAUGUUCUUUUCUCCUUGCACACAUAGUGGACCGUCUGUAGCCACAAAAGGGAGUAAAUAAUGCACACAUAAAAUGUGCUCCAUUGUAUUUAUGUAAUAAAUAAUAUAUAUUUUAGCUAUCACAAUACCACUAUUGUCUUAUUUAGCUUUUUAACCAUUUAAAUAAAGAUUGUUACAUUGUGAGAGCAAACUAAAAGGAUCUAAUUUUGUUGCUAAUGAUGUUUUAUUUGGAUUUACUUCACACUUGCUCAAGUUGAUCCAUGUCCUGUUUUUUACAGAGCCAGCAACAAGCAUUACUUUUCAAGUAACUGCUCAUGUGUCUUUGGUGCCUUUCUGGUUAAAAGCAUUGUGUAUAUACCAUUUUUACAUUUAAGAUAUUUUCUUUUUUUUUUUUUUUCUCCAAGACUUAAUAAAUGUAAAGCACAUUUCAAA